CCGGACUUUCAGCAUGAAGACUUGAAUUUUCUUUCCCGAAGCCAGCGCUAUGAGAUAGCUGUCAGAAAGAGUGCCACAAUGGUGAAGAAGAUGCGAGAUUUUGGUAUUGCUGAUCCAGAGGAGAUCAUGUGGUUUAAAAAACUACAUAUGAUCAAUUUUGUGGAUCCAGUUGGCAUCAAUUACUCCAUGUUUAUCCCUACCUUGCUGAAUCAGGGCACCACUGCUCAGCAACAGAAAUGGCUGACUCCAUCCUUCCGACUCCAGAUAAUUGGCACCUACGCCCAGACCGAGAUGGGGCACGUUUUGUGCAUCGUGGGCGUCCUGAGCCUCUGGACCUUCACUUGGGCAUGUUCCUUCCCACAUUACUUCACCAGGCAACCCAGGAGCAGCAAGAACGCUUCUUCAUGCCCGCCUGGAACCUGGAGAUUAUUGGCACUUAUGCCCAGACAGAAAUGGGCCAUGGAACUCAUCUUCGAGGUCUAGAAACCACAGCAACUUAUGACCCUAAAACACAGGAAUUUGUCCUCAACAGCCCGACUGUUACUUCCAUCAAGUGGUGGCCUGGUGGCCUUGGGAAAACCUCAAAUCAUGCCAUAGUUCUGGCCCAGCUCUACACUAAGGGAGAAUGCUAUGGAUUGCAUGCCUUCAUUGUGCCCAUUCGGGAAAUAGGAACGCACAAACCUUUGCCAGGCAUUAUUGUCGGAGACAUUGGACCCAAGUUUGGUUAUGAUGAAAUGGAUAAUGGUUACCUAAAGAUGGACAACUGUCGAAUUCCCCGGGAAAAUAUGCUGAUGAAAUAUGCCCAGGUCAAACCUGAUGGCACAUAUGUGAAACCUUUGAGUAACAAACUGACUUAUGGGACCAUGGUGUUUGUCAGAUCCUUCCUUGUGGGAGAGGCAGCUCGAUCUUUGUCUAAAGCCUGCACAAUUGCCAUCCGCUACAGUAUAGUAAGGCACCAGUCUGAAAUUCAGUCAGGUGAUCCUGAACCCCAGAUCUUGGAUUUUCAGACCCAGCAAUAUAAACUUUUUCCUCUCUUGGCCACUGCCUAUGCCUUUCAAUUUGUGGGAGCCUACAUGAAGGAAACCUACCAUCGUAUUAAUGUGGACAUCAACCAAGGAAACCUGAGUGAACUGCCUGAGCUUCACGCGCUGACUGCUGGGCUUAAGGCUUUCACCUCUUGGACAGCUAAUUCUGGCAUCGAAGCCUGCCGGAUGGCUUGUGGUGGGCAUGGCUACUCCCACUGCAGUGGCCUCCCAAACAUCUAUGUCAAUUUCACCCCCACCUGCACCUUUGAAGGAGAAAACACAGUGAUGAUGCUGCAGACAGCUCGCUUUUUGAUAAAAAGCUAUGAUCAAGUGCAUUCAGGAAAGUUGGUGGGCGGCAUGGUGUCCUACUUGAAUGACCUGCCUAGUCAGCGCAUCCAGCCACAUCAAGUGGCAGCUUGGCCAGCAGUGGUGGAUAUCAAUAGCCCAGACAGCCUAGUAGAAGCCUACAAACUUCGAGCAGCCCGAUUAGUAGAAGCUGCUGCAAAGAACCUUCAGAUUGAAAUGAAGCACAAGAAAAGCAAAGAGAUAGCAUGGAACUUAACCUCUGUGGACCUUGUCCGAGCAAGUGAGGCUCAUUGCCAUUAUGUGGUAGUAAAACUCUUUUCUGGAAAUCUUUCCAAAAUUGAAGACAAACCUAUUCAAGCAGUCCUGAAGAAUCUAUGUCUCUUAUAUGCCCUGUAUGGAAUCAGUCAGAAAUCUGGGGACUUUCUACAGGGGGGCAUCUUGACAGAUUCCCAACUCACUCAAGUGAACCAGCGUGUGAAGGAGCUCCUGACAGUAAUCCGCCCUGAUGCUGCUGCUUUGGUGGAUGCAUUUGACUUUAAAGAUGUUUCACUCGGCUCUGUGCUUGGCCGCUAUGAUGGCAAUGUUUAUGAAAAUAUGUUUGAAUGGGCCAAGAAAUCCCCACUGAAUAAAACACAGGUCCAUGAAUCUUACCACAAACACCUCAAGUCGCUGCAGUCUAAACUCUGAAAUCUAUUCUGAUGAGCAGCCUCAGCAUUUCCAGAAAGCAUAGAUACUUUGCCUUCCCUUACACUGGAUGCAUAUACCCUGAAUGGAAUCUUUAUCAAUUCUGAUAGUCUUAGAGCAAAUAUAAAUUGACCACUCAUCAUUGGGGAGAUUGAAUGGAUAUGUCUUAAGUGCAAUUACUAGUGAGAGAGACUUUUUAAGCAUUCAGAAAAGCUUUGUAAAAAUAUAGUAUGGCUUCUUUACACAGGACUGCUAAUUUCUGUGGUCUCUGACCUCUGUGAUGAUAGCAGUUUUUAACUACUAAGUAGUUGACUUUUCAAGUUAUAACUGCUAAUCACUGGAUAUAUUUUAAGGGCAAAAUAAAUGUUUUUAAGGAAAAGGCAUAUUUGGAGGUGUAGAAGAACCUCAAUUUGCAGAGUUUCUCCCAGAUAUCCCACAACUCUUGUAAUCCGUACAGAGACUGUCUCAAAAACUAUGAUCUAAGGAACUAGAUUACAGAAGGGGGAGGCACAUCUAAAAUUUUUGUAAUGCUAACCCCUUCUUUUCCCUUCUAUCCAUUUUCUCCUUUGAUGAAUAAAUACUAUGGACAUAAAUAUCUUACACCUCAAUAACAUUUCCCAGCCCAAGCAUUCUAUGGCAACCAACACUUUCCUGAUAAGAUUAGAAAUUGGCUCAUUGACCCCUAUCCCCUUAGAUUUCACUAAAAGAGCACUAUUGCUGCUUUUCUACUUAAAUCCUUCCCAAUGAGAAGCAGUGUUAACCUCUGUGAGGAUUAAGUUAGCACUUCAACAUUAAAAUGACUAAAUAAUACCCCUAAACACAGUGGUUGAUAUUUGGUCUCUGCCAGAGGUGCAUGGGGAGAGAAUCUUCUAAAAUGAAAAUAGAAGCUCUCCUGAGACACUGUGGAAGGGGGGGGCGGGAAUGGAAAUGGAAGCCUCCACAGGUUAGCUACUCAUUGGUCCAAGUGUGGUUUUUGGUUUCUUUGUGCUCUUUAAGGAACUUUAUCUGAAAUGCUAGAAAGUCCCUUUCUAUUAAAGUCUUAUUUGCACAAUUGUUAGUUAGCAAAGAUUUAAGAAUAUCACUUUUAAUUGAACUUUGUGAUUUCAGUGAAAUCAAUGUAAUAGAAACAGCAGAAGUCAUUUAAUUUAUACCUCUUUCUAUAAUACUACCUGCUGAAAUCUACUUGUCCUAGAAUUUUACUUGACAGGAAUAUAGGAUUGUAUGAAAAAAAAAGAAAUCUUUGGAAUGUGUUAAAUCAUCUUUGUAAACUAAAGGAACAACACUAAUGAAAUUUACCCAGAUAAAACUGCUAAUAUAAGUAUCUCAAGUUUAAAAAUAUCAUUACUAUACCUGUACUCAAACUGUAUGUAGUCUUUCCUGGAAGAAAAUUAACCAUAUUUUUAAAGUGUAACCUCUUAUUAAGUUCUACUUAGGUAGCAGUACUAUUCUAUUGUCAAUCAAGAAUGUGAUCUAAUUGCUAAUUUUGUGGGAGACCGGAAGAAGGAAAGAAUGAAGGUGUUUAAUGUUAUUCUUAUUGCUAUUUAGAACCAUUAUUUCAGUGAUAAUUCUUUUAUGUAUUCUGCUAAGAUGUGACUAUAGUGAUGAUAUUAUGUGAAUUGAAAUAAGGCUCACUUUGUAAACAUUGCACUACAGUCUUGUUAUCAUGAUAAACAAGUUUGAGGAGAUGGCAAAUAUCAGAAGGACCCUAAAAAUCUUGGGUUUCAAGUUUCACUUCCCUAACUCAGGCAGGACUUUUUGUUCUGUUCAAUUCAUUAAGAUUCAGAUGCUUUGCACCAAUUUAACCAAUGCAAGUAGAGCCUCUUAAAAUUAAGAAUGAAUUUUGGAGUCUGUCUCAAUUAUUAAAAAUGAAAUUUUAUAAAGACUGUAUCCAAAGCCCCUUUGUCCUUUUAGAUAGUCUUGUUAAAUAUCACCUUAUCUUCAUAGAAAAUGUACUUGUUUGUAUGACAGUGACUAAAUUCAGAUACUUCAUAACAUCUUUUAAUCAGGUGCCCUCAUAAAUUUUAGUUUGUUACAUACCUAAAAGCUCCUGUCCCUUUGAAUGUUAAUAAUUAAGAAAUAUAACUUUAAUUUUUUCAGAAAUCUUUAAGUGCAGGCAUGAUAACUUUCUGCAUUUAGGAGUGAAAGUUCCUGAAAAUAAUUUGAUUCAUUGCCCAGUUAACUCCAAAGCCCUCUCCUUUUCAGUAUUUCGGUUUUUCUGUCUGUAUUGGAGAGUUUCAGUCAGUUUGGUGUUACCAGGCUUUUACACUUCUGUUUAAUAGAGGCAAUAAGAAGUCCCAAAUCCAGUCAAAAACCAUCUUUUUAAUGAAGGGGUUCUGAAAUGUGGGACUGGACUGGAAUGGGAGGGAACCUGAGAGAGCUUGAGUUUAAAGACUUGAACUCUCAAAUCUGGUUUUGUUUUAAGAUCAAACUUGUCUUCUUAUAUUAUCAAAUAAGACUUCUAUUUUAAGAACAUUGAACCAUAUCACCUUACAAAAAGGACUUUAAAUGACUUAACAUUUCUACUAAGGUUUGUUUGUUUUUAGUCUUAACCUAGCCAAAUUUGUAUUCCAGUUGUAGGUACCAUUUUCUAGGAUGAAGUCUGUAAACACCAGUAACUAGGGCUUUGUGGCAAGGACAGGGUGGACUCUUAACAAGUGAAAUGGGAAUCCUAGACUCCAGUGAGGCAAUUAACUGCUGUAAAGAUUAAAAUUUAGGGGAGAGGGGGAGACUGAGGCAGGUAGAAAUUAGUUUCUCUCUGCAAGGAGUAUUAUAUUUUUUAGAGGUUUAUUAAAGGUUAAAGAUUAAGAAUAUACAAGUAAGAAACAUGUGCCUAGGCCAGAGGCCUAGACAAAAUAACCUCACAUCAUGGAAUAGACGCCUCUGCUCCAAAACAGAAGUCCAAAAAGCCAAAACCCCUCAAAAACCUUUGAAUCCACUUAAAUACCUUCUCAAUCUCGGCCCAGGUGAGAUUACAAGGCAUUCUGGGGAAGUGGAGCAAAGGCUCAUGGGGAUUGUAGUCCUGUAUUCGAGUCUAUUUUUUACACUGCCAUUUAAUAUUAUGUGAAGAUAAUGGGGGGAAAUUUAGGGAAUGGAGCUGGAUUGUUUUUAAUAUUCUGAACUAUAUUACAAAAGCUAUUUUUGCUGUGUGCUUGCUUUUCAUUAUUGUCACAAAUCAAGAGUGUAAGGUAUGGGAUGUCAUCUGGGAAAUAAUCCUUGAAUACUUCAUGCCUCAUCAAAUGCAUACAAUCAUAUAUCAAACCUAAGGCUAAAGAAUCAGUGAAAUGGUUUGGAACUCGGUAAGGGAGCCUUCUAUUCUAGUUCCAGCUCUGCUACUAACUCUAGAGCCUGGCUGUGUUUCAUUCCCCUGGGCCCCAUGCCUUCUUAACAGGUUCUGAGAUUUUAGGAGUUGUGCGCAGGCGCCUUUCCGAGUAUCUGUAAUCCUUUCAAACCGCCCGGCCUUCGGAUGCCGUUGGAGGCCAGUUUCUUUGUUCCUGGGUGAGGCUCCCCCGAAGUGUUAAAGUAUCGACCCCGGCCGUGGCUGCGCCUGCGGGGGAAAAGCGUGGGCCACGAAGAUCAGACUGCCUCGACCUACUUAACCUCUGGGCCACGAAUCCAGCCCACCUACUGGCUUUUGGUUUUUGUGAGAAAAUAAAAGUCUAAUUAGUACAAAUAA